AUGGCGGCUCACGCUGCCCACCAAAAUCGACAGACAGACUACGACGCCAUUCCUGUUGCGCUUGUUCUUCAAACAGGGUGCCUUUCACAGGCAAUUCCUUCACAACUGCCACAACCAUACACUGGAUCGCGCAUCGCUUUCCGACUCGUGUACCCUGACAUACAAGGCUCAAAUCGGCCCGGCGCACCGGGACGCUUCAUUUCAAGAGAUAUCGGAUCUGUCAUCAUAGGCGCAAGGACGAGGAACGAUGAUGCGGAUAUGGAGGCUGGAUGA